GGAUGACUUCAUCAAAAUGGGCAGAAAAACCAACUAAAAAACAAAACAAUGUACUGUCUAUUAACUUUACUAAUAGAAAUAUACAUUUUUAAAAGGAACUGAUGUAAUUUCUUGGCCGUGGGAGCGGAUUUAUCGGGAGCUUUGAGAUUCGCAGACGAAGUGGAUGGGGAAAUGUGGUGCUACCAAAAACCAGGGUUUGAAGCCCACCUCCUCGCUGAGCUGCAGAGACAGCAACAGUGCAGCCAGUUCUGUGACACUCUACUCAAGGCAGAAGGUGUUUCAGUGCCAGCACACAGUUGUGUUCUGUCAGCUAUCAGCCCCCAUGUCUCCUCCGCUCUGUCCUCCACGCCGGCGCCCCCCGCAGGACAGAGUCAUCUCCUGGAGUUUCGGGCACUCGGCGCCUGCACCCUCCUCCACAUGGUCAGACUGCUGUACUCCGGAGAGAUGGCUGGGGAGGGGGAGACGGAGAAGCAAGAGGCCAUUUCUGCUGCCGCCAAGUUGGGCAUCCACGGGCUGGUGGAGGUCAAGAAAAGUGAUCAUAAAAGCAGAAAUGAGGGUGGAGGAGGCCAGCUCACAGAGGUGGGAGUUCAGACAGAGCCACUGAUGCUUGAGCAGAAUGAGGGGAGACGGGGCAAGUGGAGGAGGGAGGUGAGGGAUGGGAGCACUUUCCUGUGGAAGGAUACACUAUCAGAUGGUGAAAAAGACAUGUGGACACAGACAGAGGAGCUGGAGGUAAACACAGCUCCCCCUACUCACUCAGCAGCCUCCUUUGAGACCACUGAUCUGACUGCUCUCCAAGGUUUAGGGCAGACAGACUCCCAUUUUGUUCCCCCUCAAAUUCCCUAUGUUCCUAUAUCCCUCGUCUAUCCACCAGAGCAAAACCAAACACCCCAACCUUCCUCUUUUCCUGCAGCCUCUAUGCAAGAUACCACAACAGCUGCACACACAUCUGUUACUGUUCUGGCACCACCUUACACCCCUGUGCUCCCGUCCAUCCUGCCUUUUUCCACCGAAACAGCCCUGUGUGACGCUGGCCCUCACAGCUGGUGGACUGGACCUCAAGGAGCAGCCAGAGAUGUUGUAGAGGGUGAAGAAUGGGAGGGCAAGCAGCUUGAGCAGUUCCAAGGCAACAUCCCAGGAUUCAUCAACUACUUUCUGAAUGCAGACAAAGAGGAGGGUCCCCGCAGGGGGCGACCAAGGCGGAGGCGGGGGGCAGGGGUUGGAGAUGCCAGGAGAGCAGGGACGGGUGAGAGACGAGCCAGGAGACCACGAGCAAGAACGGCAGGGAGGGGGCGAGGAAGGUUAAUGCAGACGGUGGAUGUGCAGGACGUCGGGGUGAGCAGGCUGCAGAAGCUGUUCCUGCAGAGGUCGGGGAUGAGGACAUCCAGGACGGGUCAGGGUGGAGGAGCUGCAGGCAGGAAGUUGUACCUGAGAGCAAGAGAGCAUCUGAAGCCGACCAGGAGGUAUCAGAGGAGAGGAAGGUGCGGCAAAGAGUGGGAGGUCAGCCAGAGUGGAGACAUACUGCCAUACAGCGUGGGAGGAGGAGGAGACACACAGCAGUUUAAACAGGACAGUGUCCCGGUUGGCAGAGCUCAGAGGGCGAGGGCCAAAUCAACAGCAUCAGUUUCCUUUCCUUGUCCUCCUCCUCCCAUGCGAUUCUACAACAUUCAUACCUUAUCUUCCCCCAGCCCCUCCAUCCAGCCUUCUCCGUCUCCCAUCAUGCUGUCAACUGCAGCCCCCUACGUGCUUCCAGCAACGUCCCUCCUCCACACCACCACCCUCCCUUCUCCGGCCCCUCCACCCCACCAGGACCAGCCCGAGCAAAUUGAUCGUCUCCUGGAGGAAGUGAUGAUGGGACUCGACAUUUUACCAAACAACAACAACAGUACUCCACAUUCUCAACCCCCUCUUCCAGCCAGUAGCAGCAGUUGUACCUACACCUCCUCCGGGAAGAAUUUGACACAAAGCAAACUAGGCUGUACUACUGGCCUCCUGGAAGCAGGUCCAGGUGUUCAAGGGUCUUCACAAGUUGUUGCUGUAGGAGCCAGCAGUUCCACUUUUGGUGAGGUACCUGAUCUGCAGCAGCAGGGAGAGGGAGAGCUGAACGAUAUGCUGAACCACUUCCUCCAGUCGUUUGAGCGACACAUUAACAGCUGUAGUGCCAGGGAAGAGGAAGGGAAGGAUGGUGAGACCCCCACAGAGGCUAUAAAGUCUAACACUGUCCGGAACAAUUACAAAAAAAACAAGAUCUGGACCGUAGCAGCCGACUCUACUCGACUACAGAACACACUUGUACAUCGUCCAGUCAUGCGCUCGCAAACAGCAGAACUGCAGCAGAGUGAUGAAGCUGAGAAGCAACCAAGCCGUUCCCAGCCAAGCAAAGCCUCUGCUCGUACACCAAAACAUGCUGAGGGAGAACCAACCAAACGGCAGAGCAAGAGAAGAAAAAACCAAUAUCUGUUCUCAUUAGAGAGAAAGAGGGUGAAAAAACCAGUCUCAACAAGUGACGCAAAGAUCAAAAUCCUUCAUGACCGAGAAGACAAACAGCUCAAGCAGAUGCCUGUGGUGAAACUGGAGAGGAGAGUCCCGCUGCCCGUCAGAGUUAAACUGCAGGAACACAGCUGUCAGAGUCUGGAAAUCAUGGAUCCUGCAAAAGUAAAGACAAGUUCAUCAUCAGUGAAAUACCCUGGAGGCACAUUGUCUCAAAAGAAUCAGCCAGUGUUGUGGAGCACAAAGACCUACCCCAUCAGGAGUAGGUUUAGAGAAGCACAUAUCAUGGACACUUUGCCCUUUCUUGAGGGGCAGCUCGCAGAGAAACGACCGCCCUCAGCAGGCCAACCGCGCUCCAGGCCAGGCAGGCCCAAGAAAAAUGGACAACUUCUCAGUUUAUCUAAUGGUGGAAGUUCAACACCAACAAUUCAGCUGCAGCCUGUAGAGCACUGUGGCACGAAUGGACAACUGGAGAAAAAUCAAGAGCUACAUGAGGAAGAGUUGAAUGUCCAGCCACAGGAAGAGGCACAAGGACCCACAAGGAGGGGAAAGAAGAGAGGAGAGUCUGGGGAGGAGACAAGUGACGAUGCCACUGUGGCCAAAAGGGUUUGCUGUGAGCCAGUGGCCCAGCCGACCUCUGAAACAUGCAUACCCAGCUCUAAAUCUGCAGGUUUUGCCUCUGAACAAGCAACCGUAGAGGCAGAUGACGUGAUCGAUGUAGAGACUGUCUCACUGACCAGUGAAGGAGAUUUUUUGCAAAGAAAAGAACAAGAAGAUAGAAGCACAGUGUGGAGAGAAAUCAUACUCAGAGAAACAGGAGAAAGUUUGAUAGAUGAAGAGACGGAGGGCGGUCUUGAGAUAAUCGAUGUGGAUGGAGACACUUAUGAAAGAGCCGACCAGGAGAAGCACACAGACGACUGCCGAGGACAGACAGAGAGAGACCACUGCCAGAGCAGAACGGCACCGACUCUGUCACAUUUUGUUUCACCUCCUCCAAAUCCAACAAAAGAGAUAAGUGAGAGGUCGAGAGGAAGCUGGGAAGACGAGGACAUUGAUGUGAUUGGAGGUUCCAGCCCUGUCCCUGAUCCGGAGGUCAUCAGCUGGGCAGAGUCUUCAGAAGGCGAGGAAGGGGAAGGAGACGAGGACGUGGAUGUUGUCGGAGAAAAGACAGGCUAUGCUUCAUCAGUGGUCUUUGCUACAAUGAUUAAAGGUGAGCUUGUUAACCAAAAAUAUAAGACUGAGGUGCUCUGACAUCAGCGUCUGUGGUGACCCAGUACAAACAGACAGAAUUGUCAUUUACAUUUUCUACUCGUCUUCUUUACUUUGUAUUAUUUCUUCCAUUUCCCAGAAAAUAUCACUGAAUUUGUUUCACUUAACUAUGAGCUUUAAGGUCAAGUAGAGACAUGAAUCAAGACAAAUAUGGUUUCAUCAUAGAUGCCUGUUAUAAGGGAUGUUUUCUGUUUAUGUUGUGCUCUUUUGACAAUCACGUGGGGGGGGGUUUGUUUUCCUAUUCCAUCCAUGCUUAAGAAAAGAAGAGCUGUGAGCAGCUUGUUCACUAUUUGUUCAGACUGAAAAAGAGUAAUGUGGUAAAAACCUGAAACAGUUUUGUAUCAUUGUGCAUAAAGCACAAAAACUAAAAGCUAAAGCAAACAAGGACUGUAUAGUAUGUGGGCAGAGAUUUAGUUUCUGCUCUUGAGUUGAGAACACAGGUGACUGGGGUUGUUCAUUUUUUUUUUGUAUUUUGUAGAUAUUUAACCAUUGAUUUUAUAUAAAGAGUUACAAGGUUGUUGCUGCAAGAUUCAGUACUUUGUUACUGUUAAACAGAUGUGUUCAGAGAAGUUUGUUUUAACUGUCAAAUGUUGAAAACAACACUAACCAAACAGUUUCAGAGGAGAUUCACUGAAAAAAAAAAAAUCAGGUUUAUCUGUCAAAGGAUUCAAGAGUGUUUUGUUAGUUGUAAAUAUGACUAUGACUGUAUUAGUUGUAAAUACGAUUGAUAAUGUCCGCCUCUGUUCUGCCACAAUUUGUAAAUGUCCCAGGAAAACUCUUGUCUUCCUUGUUUUACUGUCGUGUUAUGUUUCACAACGUUCCUCGUGGCACUUUUGAGUCUAGGACUCAGAUUUCUACAUUAAAGAUUUCUCUUGUUUUCCUUG